GUGCCUCACUUCUUAUCGGAUGACCCGCUUCUUAUCGUCGCUGACAUAAUGCAAAAAUUUCCAUCGGUCCCUCGAGCCCGUGUAUCAUGCCGCCUCACCUGCAACCACGAAACUUUGGAGCAGAGGGGUGCGUGUUUCUGUACUGAAUCGCUCAACAACACACCCAGUGAAAUCAUUCGCAAUGCCUCACAAACAUACCAGGAGGGAACAAGAUCCCUCGGCAUUUGAUCUCCCACCAUCACAGAUCGCAAGGCCGCUUCCCGUUCAACUGCGAAGUCGAAAAGCUCAAGCGAACAAUGCGAAAAACGCCAAGAAUGGAAAGAACGGCAAGAACCCAAAGACCGAGAACGAUGGCGUUUCCAAGAAGAGAAAAGGUGGCAGCAAAGAUGACGAUGCUCCGAGAGCGUUCAAGCGCAUCAUGUCGUUGGCGUCGGGCAGGAGACAACGAUCUGGCCUAGACAAUGGCGAGACGAUAGCGCAAAAAAAGAAGGCAGCCAAGAAAGCUGCGGCAGCCGCGCAGAACGAGACCAAGAUUGAGGACACAGCGAAGCCAGAGGUGCCCACGAUCCGGCCGGGUGAGAAGAUGUCCGACUUCGCUGCCCGUGUCAACGCAGCCCUACCUCUGGCGAACCUUGUCAACAAGACUGAGAGGGGUGGAAAGGAUCCUCUUGGUCUCAAGACCGUCAGGACGCGGAAGGAGAAGAAAAUGCACAAGCUAUACGACCAGUGGCGUGAGGAAGAGCGGAAGAUUCAAGAAAAGAGAGAAGAGGAUCUCGAGGAGGUCGCUGAGCGCGAGCUAGAUGAAGAGAUCAACGGCGGUACCUUUGGCAACUUCGGACAGACUUCAAAGGCUUUCUACGAACCUGGACAGGACAAGAAGAAGGGUAAAAAGGGCAAGAAGAACAAGGGCGCAGACCGCGAAGAAGAUCCUUGGGCGGUGCUCAAGAAGAUGCGCGCGGAAGCCAAGGUAGGGCUUCAUGAUGUCGCGCAGGCUCCGCCAGAGCUUCACAAGGCCGGUAGAGACAAGCUGCUGGUGCGUGGUGCGGCCGUUGACGUCUCUAAUGUGCCAAAGUCCGCUGGUAGUCUGAGAAGACGAGAAGAGCUCCAGCAGACCAGAGACGCAUUUCUCUUGGCUUACAGGAAACAACAGGAGGAAAAGAUGGCUAAGCUUGCCGCUGCUAAAUCUCAAGAUACCCAGUACUAGUAGUAAUAAAGACUCAGAUGCAAAGUUCACCGAGAACAAGUCUGAUGUAGUUUUCCGUCUA